UGUUCUUAAUCCCUAAUCGCCAAAACGACACAAAAAAAUGCGAACUUUGGACGAGAAGGAGACGGCGGCCGUCUUCGAGAAGCUUUUCAAGUUCACCGGUCCAAACCUCAAGCUCAUCGUCGAGCGCCCUGCCGUCGAGGGUCCUGCGGGCGACGAUCCUGGCCGCUACUGCUUCCGCCUCCACAAAAACCGCGUCUUCUACGCCUCCGAAUCGCUCGUCCGCCGUGCAGUCAGCGUCUCCCGCGAGCGCCUCGUAUCCCUCGGCACCUGCAUCGGCAAGUUCACCAAGACCGGCUCCUUCCGCCUCACCGUCCAAUCCCUUGACCUCCUAGCCUCCCACGCCCGCCGCAAGGUCUGGCUUAAGCCCACCUCCGAGAUGUCUUUCCUCUACGGGAACCCCGUCCUUAAGUCCGGUCUUGCCCGCAUCACCGAGGGCGUAAACCCCGGCGACGGCGUUGUUGUUUUCUCCAUGUCCGACCUGCCCCUUGGCUUCGGCGUCGCGGCUCGUUCCACCCAGGAUUGCCGCAAGGCUCAUGCCGAUGCUAUUAUAGUCAACCGCCAGGCAGACGCCGGGGAGUACCUCCGGAAUGAGGAUGACCUCUGAUCAACGAUAAAGGUAGUUAAGCGGUAUGCCGAUGAACUAUAUUCUGUCUCUUGUGCCGACCAACUUAGUUUACUUAGCUAUGGUCAACAAAUUAAGAACUUUUUUUCCUUCAAACUUUUACAAAUUGUUCUUGUAUUUUUCCAGUGAACUUUGAUUGCCAAACAGUUAGCCAUUGUAUUAAUAGGUUGAGGUAUUAAGUUUUGUUAAUGCUCAUUAUGUUCAUGUUUUGCCAGCUUAA